CAAGUGCGCUUUUACGCACGGUGGGAGGCUGCGCGCGGUGUGAAGUAACACGCAGACUGUCUUGUGUCGGAUUCUAUAAAAGUCAAAUAGAGGAGGAAUAACCAAACAUUUGUCAUAGAAAUCCGAACAACACUGAUCAACUGGGAAAAAGGGUUGUUAUUCUGGGUUGUUUGCACAGUGUGUCCACAGUUUCCGUUUGCAUCACACAAACUUUGGGUUCUGCAGAGAUGGAGAGGCUACAACAAGAUAAACCAAAGAAAUCGGUGACUGCGUACCUUCUCUACUGUGUUUCCACAGCAGUCAUCGGGUCGCUACAAUUCGGCUACAACACUGGGGUCAUCAACGCACCUGAAAAGAAACUGCGAGGAUUCUUCCAGAAUGUGUCUGGUGAGCGGUACGGGGAACCAUUCAGUGCAGACGCUAACACCAUGGUGUGGAGCUUCUCUGUGGCCAUCUUCAGUGUGGGAGGCAUGAUCGGCUCCUUCUCUGUCAGUGCUUUAGUCAACAGAUUAGGCAGGCGUAAGUCCAUGCUGGUCAGUAACAUCCUUGCCUUACUGGGUGGAGGUCUCAUGGGACUAUCAGCUCUGAGUCGAUCUUUUGAGAUGGUUAUUAUUGGCCGGUUGAUCAUCGGUGUGUUCUGUGGGCUGUGCACGGGCCUGACACCCAUGUAUGUUGGAGAGAUUUCACCCACCGCUGUCCGCGGUGCCUUCGGUACACUUCACCAGCUGGGUGUGGUUAUCGGCAUACUAGUGGCACAGAUCUUUGGUCUGGAGUUCCUGCUGGGUUCAGAUGAACUUUGGCCUUUGCUGCUGGCUUUGACGGUCCUACCCGCAUUUCUGCAGAGCAUCAUGUUGCUCUUCUGCCCCGAGAGCCCGCGUUACCUCCUCAUUGUACUCAACCAGGAGGAGGAGGCAAGAAAAGCAUUGGUGCGGCUGCGGGGCCAUGAAGAUGUGAAUGCUGACAUUCAAGAGAUGAGGGAAGAAAAGAUGAAGAUGGCCAUGGAAAAGAAAGUGACCAUCCCCGAGCUCUUCCGUUCUCGGAACUACCGUCAGCCAAUCAUCAUCGCCAUCAUCCUUCAACUCUCCCAGCAGCUCUCCGGCAUCAAUGCGGUGUUUUACUACUCUACAGGUAUUUUUCAGACCGCUGGUGUCACUCAACCCAUCUAUGCUACGAUUGGAGCUGGUGUAGUCAACACCGUGUUUACUGUUGUCUCUCUCUUCUUGGUGGAAAGGGCGGGGCGAAGGACACUGCACCUGAUUGGUCUGGCUGGAAUGGCUGUCUGUGCAUUGAUCAUGACUAUCUCCCUUUCUUUGGUGAAGGUCAACUCAGCCCUAAGCUACCUGGCAAUAGUGGCAGUGUUUGGCUUUGUUGCCAGUUUUGAGAUGGGCCCAGGUCCCAUUCCCUGGUUUAUCGUGGCUGAGCUUUUCUCCCAAGGGCCUCGACCUGCCGCCAUUGCCGUUUCUGGAUUCUCCAACUGGACUGCCAACUUCCUGGUGGGGUUAGGCUUCCCUAAACUGGAGCAACUAUGUGGUCCUUACGUCUUCAUCAUCUUUAUGGUUUUCCUCAUCCUAUUCUUCAUCUUCACCUACCUGCGUGUGCCCGAGACCAAAGGAAGAACUUUCGAUGACAUCGCACAGGGAUUUGCUGCCACUGAGGACAAGUCUUCCCCUUUACCAUACACUGGUCCAUCCAAGAACAAAGAAGCUGCACCAACAGACACGGUUCAAAUGGAUGAUCUUCCACCACAGAAUCCAUGAACAACACUUGAGCUUUUUGAGACAAAAAACAGGAGGCAUAGGAAGAUGUGGAUAACAGGAUCUGAGCAAAUUGAUUUGUAAGGUGUACUCACAAAUGAUGAACAAGCUGCUUAGUGCUAAAAGGUUAAAGUAGAAAAAAGUCGACUGAGUGGAUUAAUAACAAAGCAAGAUUUUAGUUUUAUUAAUAUAUAAUGUGUUUAUAUGUCUGACAGUUCUUUUAAAAUGCUAAAAUAAAUUCCCUCUGUAAGCCUGCUUUU